UGAAUAGUUGCAGAAUUUAUGAAAUGCACAAGACAUCACCAGCUACUUCUUUGUGCAUUCCAAGAACCUGAGCAUGUUCCAACGGAGAACACAACUAGGUUUAUGAUAAACCAAAGAACAGGUCACAGUGUUCAUAGUCAGUGGGAGUGCAGUGAGAAUUGGCUCAUACUCUGGCGCUCCUGGGGCCUGUGGUUGAUUAUUUUGUCUCACUUUGCAGAAGUUUCUGAUGGGCGGAGCAUCUAGUAAUCCCUUUAAUUUCUAAACUGUGUUUCAAUUUCCUUUGGAGCCAGUACUUGCCUGCACUGAUCACAAUUUUUAGCAGAGGAGAAUCUGACACAGUGUGAGCAGUGUCAGGUAUCAAAUGUUCCACUAAAAAGUCCCAGAAUGAGAUUUCCGGUAAAGAUUGUUUGGCUUACGUUAUGGACUGUUUGUAUAGCAGAAGAUUGUAAAGAACCUCCUCCAAAAAAAGAUUCAGAAAUUCUGACAGGUUCCUGGCCUGACAAAACAUAUCCAGAAGGUACCCAGGCUAUAUAUAAAUGCCGCCCUGGGUUUAGAACUCUUGGAACUAUUAUACUGGCAUGCAUAAACGGAAGAUGGCUGGCUCUUAAUCCAUCCAGGAUAUGCCAGAGAAAGCCUUGUGGACAUCCUGGAGACACUCCCUUUGGUUCUUUCGAGCUCAUAGUAAGAGGAGAGUUUGAAUAUGGAGCAAAGGUUGUUUAUAAAUGUGAUGAGGGGUAUCAAAUGCUAGGUUCAGUUAAUUACCGUGACUGUGAACCAGAUGGAUGGACCAAUGAUAUUCCUAUAUGUGAAGUUGUUAAGUGUUUACCAGUAACUGAACCAGAGAAUGGGAGGCUUAUCAGUGGUGCAUUGGAGCCAGACCAGGAAUAUUCUUUUGGACAAGUGGUACAGUUUCAAUGUAAUUCACGCUUCAUGCUAGAUGGGCCUAAAGAAAUUCAUUGUUCAGCAGAUGGUACGUGGAGUGGAAAAACACCAAAAUGUGUGGAAAUUUCUUGCAAAUUACAAGAAAUUAUAAAUGGAUAUGCUGUAUCUCCAGACAAAAUUUUCAAGGAGAAUGAGCGAUUUCAAUAUAAAUGUAACCCAGGUUUUGAAUACAGUGAAAGAGGAGAUGCUAUAUGCACCCAAAACGGAUGGAGUCCAACUCCUUCAUGUAAAGAAGUCACAUGUAAUCCUCCUUAUAUUGCAAAUGGUUACUACACACCUGAAAGGAUUAAACACAGAAGUGAGGAUAAAAUCAGCUACACGUGUAAAAAUGGCUUUUAUCCUGCAACCAGGGGAAAUACGGCAAUAUGUACUAGCAAUGGCUGGGUACCUACACCAAGAUGUAGCUUGAAGCCUUGUGAUUUUCCAGAAAUAAAAAAUGGAUAUCUACAUCAUCAAGAUUAUUAUAGACCAUACUUUCCAGUAGAGCUAGGAAAAUAUUACUACUACUACUGUAAUAGUGGUUUUGUGACUCCUGAAGAACGCUCUGGGGGUUACAUAACAUGCAGAAGAGAAGGAUGGUCACCAAGUGUCCCAUGCCUCAAAAGAUGCCAUUUGUAUGAUGUGGAGAAUGGAUAUUCUCGUUAUUCAGGAAGAUAUCGUUUAGAGGGUCGUUCUGUAGAUGUUCAGUGCAAUCGUGGCUACAGUCUUCCAAAUGGACAUAGCACCAUUACGUGUACAGAGCGUGGCUGGUCCCCUCCUCCCAAAUGCAUCCGUGUCAAAACAUGUUCAAAAUCAGAUACACUUAUUGCAAAUGGAUUUUUUUCUGAAUCUGAGUAUUCAUAUCCAGUAAAUAAACGAACACAAUAUAAGUGUAAAUCAGGAUACAUGACAGCAGAUGGUAAAACAUCAGGAUCUAUUACGUGCUUGGAAAGUGGGUGGUCAACUCAACCCGUAUGCAUCAAAUCUUGUGACAAGCCAUCAUUUGUGAACGCCAGACCCAAAAGCAAUGGCACAAAGUUUAAGCUCAGUGACCAGCUGGACUAUGAAUGCAGCGCGGGCUAUGAAAACACAGGUGGGAGCACCACGGGCUCUAUAGUAUGUGGUGAUGAUGGCUGGUCUGACACACCCACGUGUUAUGAAAAAGAAUGUGGUGUUCCUGAUUUACCCCGAAACUUAGAAGCUUCACCCAAGAAAAACAAAUACAGAGUUGGAGAUAUCUUGCGUUUCUCCUGUAGACAGAGACUUAAAAGAGUUGGAGCAGAUUCCACUCAGUGCUACCACUUUGGAUGGUCCCCAAGUCCCCCGACAUGUAAAGGGCAAGUAAACUCUUGUGGCCCACCUCCUCAACUCCUCAACGGGGACGUUAAGGGAACAAAGAAAGAAGAAUAUGAACACAAUGAAGUGGUGGAAUAUGAUUGCAGUCUCAGAUUCCUAAUGAAGGGGUCUAAGAAAAUUCAAUGUGUUGAUGGAAAAUGGACAACUUUGCCUAUAUGUGUUGCGGAAGAGAGUACAUGUGGGGAUAUACCUAUACUGGAGCAUGGCUACAGCUUGCCCUCUGACCCUCCCUAUCACCAUGGAGAUUCAGUGGAGUUCACUUGCAAAGAAUCCUUUACAAUGAUUGGAUACAGAUCAAUUAUGUGUGUCAGCGGAACGUGGAACCAACUUCCUCAGUGCAUUGCAACAGAACAACUUGAGAUAUGUAAAUUACCAAAGAUACCUAUAUCUCAUUCAAUGCCAUCAGAUCAGACUGAAUUUAAUCAUAAUGCAAACUUUUCUUACACUUGUAAAGGAAAAUCACAAAACAAACAAACAACCUGCAUAAAUGGAAGGUGGGAUCCCGAGCUAACUUGCACAGAAGAAAUAAAAAAACCUUGCCCACCUCCACCUCACAUUCCUAAUACUCAAAAUAUGACAAUGACAGUGAAUUAUCAGGAAGGAGAAAAAAUAUCUAUUCUCUGUCAAGAAAAUUACCUAAUUCAGGAUGGAGAUGAAAUCGUGUGCAAAGAUGGAAGAUGGCAGUCAAUACCUCGCUGUGUUGAAAAAGUUCCAUGUUCUCAGCCACCUCAUAUUGAAAAUGGAACAAUUAACUCAACUACAUUUUCAGAAGAAAGGAAAGAAACACCCACACCUAGACUCUACCCACAUGACACUAAAUUAACUUAUGUCUGUGAAGAAGGUUUCAAGCUAUCCGAAGAAGAUGGGAUAACAUGCCACUUGGGAAAAUGGAGUUCUCCACCUCAGUGUGUAGGGCUGCCUUGUGAGCCACCACCUUUGAUUGAUCAUGCUGUUCUGUCUCAUGAGUUAGACAGCUACCAACAUGGAGAAGAAGUUACCUACAACUGUACUGAUGGUUUUGGGAUUGAUGGACCUGAAUCUAUAAAAUGUUUAAGAGGAAAAUGGCCUACCCUACCAGAAUGCAAAAGUACAGGUUGUUCUAAAUUACCCACAUUUGCCAAUGCCAUACUCAAAGACCCAGAAAAAGAAUCGUAUAGGUCAGGAGAACAAGUAGAGUAUGAGUGUGAAAAAGAUUUCCAUUUAGAUGGGUCAAAUAUUGUAAAGUGCAUCAAGAGCAGAUGGAUAGGUAGUCCAACAUGCAGAGAUUUUUCUUGUGGGAAUCCACCGGAGGUGAAAAAUGCUAAUAUUAUCUCAGAACAGAAGACUAGGUAUCCACCCGGGGAGAGAGUGCGUUAUGAAUGUAACAAACCUUAUUCCCUGUAUGGCGAGGUAGAAGUGAUGUGCCUGAGAGGAACCUGGACAGAACCACCUCAGUGCAAAGAUUCUGAAGGAAAAUGUGGGCCCCCUCCACCUAUUGAAAAUGGAGACACAACUUCAUUCUCAUUACCCACAUAUGCUCAAGGAUCUACAGUUGAGUACCAGUGCCAGGCCUUCUAUGAACUUCAGGGCGACAAACAUAUAAAGUGUAGAAAUGGACAGUGGUCAGAACCGCCAAAAUGCUUAGAUGCAUGCGUAAUAUCAGAAGAAAUGAUGGAAAAACAUAAUAUAAAGUUGAAAUGGAAACAUGACAAAAAAAUUUAUUCAAAAACAAAUGAUACUGUUGAAUUUACUUGUAAAUGGGGAUAUACGGAAAAGACGCCAAGAGCAACUUUUCGAACAACUUGUCAGGAAGGGAAGCUGAAGUAUCCCAGUUGUGAAAAAUCAUACUUUGGUUAAAACGCACUUAUAUAAUCGAUAUACAUACAUAUCCUCGAUUUUGUAUUAUUAAUCUAGUUUUUACAAUCUUAUUUUCUAAAUGUUGUCAUUUUUAUUCGUAAAUUAGAGUUUGCAUUAAGUAUUAAGUGAAUGAUGUAAUUAUAAUUUGAGAGACCAAUAUCUGACACUGAAAAGCACCAUAUUAAAACUUGGCAAACCAUAAAGCUAUGUGUCCUGUUCCUAAAACAUCCUUGGCAAGAAAGUAGAGGGACUUAUUUCAGUGCCUACUUCAGUACAUCACUUUCCUAAGUCUCAAAAUUUUCAACAAAACGUCUGAGGAUUUCUGAGAUGCCCUGCUUCAGAGGAAAUGGAAAAGAUGUGGUGGUCUCCAUCUUCAAAAUAAUAUUACAUGACUAACAUGCAAAAACCAAACUAAGUCAGGCCCAUGCUAGUAACAAAAUAUAAGCAAUUAUUUACCAGUUCUUAAUAUUAGUCUACUUACUUAUCUAUAGAUAAAUAUGCCAAAAAAGAUCAAAUGUAUGGUUUUCUGCAAGAUGUCUAGCACACUUAACAAUUCAAACUAAUUACAAGGAGAGAUUAAAAUUGAAUUGUGUUCAUAGCAAUCCUAACACUGACAUAAAAAGUGAUAAAAACCCAAUAAACCAAACCAAACCCAUUGCCAUUGAGUCAAUUCUGACUCAUAGUGCCCUAUAGGACAGAGUAGAACUGCCCCAUAGAGUUUCCAAGGAGCGCCUGGUGGAUUUGAACUGCCGACCUUUAGGUUAGCAGCCGUAGCUCUUAACCACUAUAUAAACACACACACAAAUACAUGCACACGAUCCUGUAAACUCUGAAUUAAUGUCUAUAGAUCAAAGAUAGGAAAGUUGGUAACAUAUUUCAAUGACUAUGUUUGGGUUAAGGAGCCCUGAUGGCACAAAUGGCUGCUAACCCAAAGUUUGGUGGUUUGAACCCCGCCAGUGGCUCCAUGGGAGAAAGGCCUGGCAACCUACUUCUGUAAAGAUUACAACCAGGAAAACCCUACUUGGUUCUACUUUGUCACAUGAGGUCACUAUGAGGCGAAAUCAAUGCGAUGGCACCCAUCGACAAUAUCGUACUUGAGUUUAGAGUUAAUAGAAGCAAGUAUUAGUGUUUAACUCCUUUAUCCUUGCCUGUAUUCUAAAUUUUUAACAUAUAUUUUAAUCACAACAAUGUUUU